ACUCAAUUUUAAUUCAACUCAAAAUACCCAACUCAAAAUUAUCCCAAUAACUUAAAUAAACACUUUUAAUAUCACCAUUUGGAAAGUAUUUAAAGGAAAUAUAGAAACAAGUCUUAUUUAAGGAUUAAAAUUUUAUCACUAUAAAAUAAAUUCUUAUUAUCAAUUAUUGAGUAUCAAAAACCAAAAGAGUGGAUACAACUUUGAGUUGAAACUUAAAUCCUCGAAUAUAAUUGCACAUUGAGAUUGCUGUUCCAUACCAUUUUGUACUUGUUUUCCAAUGAACUCAUGAUCUCAACAAAAUUGUUUAUUACCUUGAAACUUCAGAUGCUAUUCACAUUAUUAAUUUUGCUAUAUUUUGAUUUUUUAUUUUUUUAUAUGGCCCACAUUUCUUUAUUCUACUUAUAUCUCUUCAUUUAUCUUUUCAUUUCAUAGGAGUAUUACACAUUUUUUUAUACUACCUUUUUUGUCUUAUAUUCCAAUAACAAUAAUAACAUAAUAUUUCAUUAUCCAAAUAUUAUUAAAUGACUCCCACCUAAGGUAGGAUUCAAGAGGGUCAGAUUUACGUACCUUGUCAUUGUUAGAAAUAAUAUUAAAUCACUGACAAAGAUAUGGUUUCCAAUUGACUGUGGUAAUAAACAUGUACAUCUUCACAUAAAUAAAAAGUACACAUUAAUAAAAUAGAAGCAUACGCUAUUAUAAAAAUCCUUCAUCCUUUACCUUAUUUAAUCAUUUAAAAAUCAAUUAUUUCCAAAGUCUUAACCUUCACAAUUUGAAUUGUUAUCCCCUCAUCAAUCCAAACUAAAUCAAACAAUAAAGAUUAUGAUUCUAAUUUAGCUGUGCUAAUCUGGAUGAAGAAUAAUUUGACAAAUGGAACCACAACCAAGUACUACUAGCCAUAUACUCAACCUUUCUUAUUGGGCAAUCAUUCUCAAUCAACCCCCAUAGCUUUCAUUUGCAUGAAAGUGACAAUUCUUGCAGAAACAACCACUCAUCGUCAUCAAUCAUCAUCUAUCCCAAACACAAACAAAGCCAUACAUUAACUUGGCUUCUUUUACCCUACCUUUCAAAACCUUUUUUUUCCGGCACCAUCAUAAUCAUGGAGUCGAACUAUCUGGGUCUCCAUUUUCAUCCCUACCUUAAAACUUCACUUUCAUAUUCUCACACUCUAAAACCCAGAAAAUCCUUCAACUUUCCAACUAAUUUAACUACCAGCAACAAAUUGAUUACCACACAAAAUUACCAUAAUCUUGGUCUCUCAUCAACUCCCCUUCACAGAAAAUGCUCUACUCCCUCUAGUACUUUAAUGGCAUCAAUUAAACCCAUAUCAAAUUACCAAGCAGAUGAAUUUGAAUCUGAUCCUACACUUAUCAAUGAUGAUCUUAAACCAACUACUCAAAGUCAACGCACAUUUUCUGGCUGGGAAAUGGCCAGUCUUUGGAUUGGGUUAGUUGUAGGGGUUCCAUCAUAUUACCUUGCUGGUAGUCUUGUUGAUCUUGGAAUGGCAUGGUGGCAAGGCAUAGCUACAGUUGUGGCAGCCAAUUUGAUCUUGCUAGUCCCAUUAGUCCUCACAGGUGAGCCAGGUGCACGGUAUGGAAUCUCAUUCCCGGUGCUGACUCGAUCGUCGUUUGGUAUAAGAGGUGCCCAUGUUCCUACACUGUUAAGAGCAUUAGUUGGCUGUGGAUGGUAUGGUAUUGAGACAUGGAUUGGUGGAGAGGCUAUAUUUCUAUUAUUGCCAAAUUCAAUUAAACAAUCAAGUCUAUCGCAAAUUUUACCGUGGUUAGGAACUUCCCCACUUGAAUUCUCUUGUUUUAUUGCAUUUUGGUUGGCUCAAUUAGCAAUUGUUUGGAAAGGAAUGGAAGGCAUACGAGUGCUUGAGAAAUUUUCAGCUCCAAUUUUGAUUGCUCUUACAUCUUGUCUUCUUACCUGGGCUUAUGUUACUGCUGGUGGAUUUGGUCAUAUGCUUUCUUUAUCUUCUCGCCUUUCAGCGUCUCAGUUCUGCUCCAUCUUCUUCCCGGCUCUUACAGCAAAUAUAAGUUUCUGGGCAACUCUGGCGCUCAAUAUCCCUGAUUUUACAAGGUAUGCCAAGAGCCAGAAGGAUCAGAUCAUAGGUCAAGUUGGCUUACCAGUUUUCAUGGGCGCAUUCACUUUUGUUGGUUUGGCAGUGACUUCUUCAACCAAAGUGAUCUUCGGCCGUGUGAUAUCAAAUCCCAUCCAGCUACUCGGUGAGAUCGGGGGAGUCACCACAAUAAUCCUAGCCAUAUUUGGAAUCAGCCUCGCCACAAUCACCACCAAUAUUGCUGCAAAUGUUGUUGCACCUGCAAAUGCGCUUGUUAAUCUCAGUCCAUCAAAGUUCACAUUUUGGAAAGGAGCUCUUCUAACAGCAUCUUUAGGCAUUGCCUUUCAACCAUGGCGAUUACUACAAUCUAGUGAGAGUUUUGUGUAUACUUGGCUUGUAGGCUACUCUGCACUGAUGGGUCCAAUAGGGGGCAUAAUACUCACAGACUACUAUCUCAUUAAGAAAAUGAAGCUCAAUGUAGAACAUUUAUACACAUUGAAAAAAAAUGGAGCCUAUUAUUACACAGGAGGGUAUAAUUUGGCAGCACUUCUAGCUUUACUUGUUGGGAUUUUUCCGGUAAUACCAGGUUUGUUGCAGAAAGUUGGGAUCCUGGGUUCAAUUCCAGAAAUAUUCAUGACAAUCUACAACAAUGCUUGGUUCUUCAGUUUCUUCUCUGCCGGGAUUGUUUACUGGAUGAUAUUUUCAUUAUUAAUAGGUAAGGAUAGUAAACUAAGUGAUCCACUUUUGCCAGCAAGCUAAGUAAUUGACUUGUUAUGGAUUAUAUGUCAAUGUACAGAAAUCUUGCUGCUAAAACAUUCUACGAUAUACAGCAUCUCAAGGAUUUUCUUUAUGUAAAUCAACACAGUAUCACAUUGGAAUCAAUGAAAGAAUUAACUGCAAUUUGCUUCA